CCUCGCCAUGGCGUCGUGUCUCUCCUCUCUCAGUAACAGAAAGUGGCCGCCUCUCUGCUGUUGCUGCCGACUCAAAGCUCACAGACUCGCUCGGCGCCUCAAACCGCCAUUUUGGAGUCAGAGAACCGAGAGUCGGCAGCAGCGACGAGAGAGACUCAAAGGGGGACACGGGGCCGAGGGGUUUACAUCUUUGAUUGUUAAUCUUGGAAACAAGAACAAUGGCAUCUUUUACUGAGAAGUAAAAGGUCCUGCUCUGCAGGCCAGAGGUGUCUGUGCUGCAUGGCGUCGGGGCAGGGUGGCCGGCUGGACCUUGGGCCAUCAGGGAUCUCUGGCCUGGCCAAACCUCUCUACCUGCAGCGCUUAGAGAGAUCCCUAAAGUUGGACAGCUUUUUGCACCAGACUGCCACUGUCUUCAACAGAGACAUAACCAGUGAUGAUAGCGAUGACAGUGAUGGUGCACUGGGGACAGGGCUGUCCCUGGAACCCUCCACUCAGCAUGCAGCUUUGACAGUGAAGAGUGAGUCAUGUGAGCAAGGGGACGUGUUGACAGAUGGCAAGCCUCUAAAUGGAGUCAUUCUGCAAGGUAAAGACCAAAAGGCAGAUAAAACAAGCCUCUACAAUUUUUCCAAGUUGAAGAAGAAUAGGAAAUGGCUCAAGAGUAUCCUGUUGAGUGACGACACUACUGACUCGGACACAGACUCCGAUGAUGAUGACUUCAGCUUGUCUCGGGACGAGCUGCAUGACAUGCUGAGGCUGCACCGUUUCACCAGGCAGCAUCAGAGCAAGUUCUACUCCGACCGGGAGCUGCACCAGUAUCAGUACUACAGCACUGGGCUCCUGUCUACCCAUGACCCCUUCUAUGAGCAACAGCGUCACCUGCUGGGCCCAAAGAAAAAGAAAAUAAAAGAUGAGAAAAAAUUCAAGGGCAAAUUGAAAAAAGUCAAGAAGAAGAAGAAACGGGGAGAGGGAGACUUCCUGGAUGAGGAGCGCGCUUACGUCACCAAGAUCUUUGCUAAGUUUUCCCACGAUGCUCCUUUGCCGGUGGUGAAGAAGAAACAUCUCACUAUCGAGCAGCUGAACGCGCGGCGACGCAAGGUCUGGCUGACCAUCGCGAAGAAGGAGAUACCUAAGUGUUUCAAGCAGAAGACCUCUGCAAAGAACCUGGUAUUGACCAAUGCAAAAAAGCUGGCUCACCAGUGCAUGCGUGAGGUCCGCCGCGCCGCCAUCCAGGCUCAGAAGAACUGCAAGGAGACGUUACCCCGCGCCCGGCGCCUUACCAAGGAGAUGAUGCUCUACUGGAAGAAGUACGACAAAGUGGAGAAAGAGCACCGCAAGAGGGCAGAGAAGGAGGCCCUGGAACAACGCAAACUCGACGAAGAGAUGAGAGAGGCCAAGCGGCAGCAGCGUAAGCUGAAUUUCCUGAUCACUCAGACGGAGCUGUAUGCGCACUUUAUGAGCGGCAAGGCCAACGUGGGAGGUCCCGCAGGAGACACAGCUCAGGAGGAAAUUCUGAGGAAGCUGGAAGACACUGCGGCUCAGAGACAGAUAGACAUUGGUGGAGGAGUAAUGGUCAACAUGGGACAGGAGGACUAUGAUAGUGACUACUACAAAUCCCAGGCCUUGAGGAACGCCAAAGAGGCCUACCAGAUUCAUCAAGAGAGAACUCGAAUGUUUGACGAGGAGGCCAAGGACAGCCGCAGCGCAUCCUUGCACGCGGCCGUCGGCUCCGGAUUCGGAGAAAGCUACAGCCUGUCAAACCCGUCCAUCCACGCGGGCGAAGAAAUCCCUCAGCCGACCAUCUUCAACGGAAAACUCAAGGGUUACCAGCUCAAAGGCAUGAACUGGCUGGCCAACCUCUACGAACAGGGAAUCAAUGGAAUCCUGGCAGAUGAAAUGGGACUGGGGAAGACGGUUCAAAGUAUCGCCCUGCUGGCACACCUAGCGGAGAGAGACAACAUCUGGGGUCCGUUCCUGAUCAUCUCCCCGGCGUCAACGCUCAACAACUGGCAUCAGGAGUUCACGCGCUUUGUGCCCAAAUUCAAGGUGUUGCCGUACUGGGGAAACCCUCAUGAUCGCAAAGUGAUUCGAAAGUUUUGGAGCCAGAAAACCCUUUACACCCAAAAUGCACCAUUCCAUGUGGUGAUCACCAGCUACCAACUGGUGGUCCAGGAUGUCAAGUAUUUCCAGAGGGUCAAGUGGCAGUACAUGGUUCUGGAUGAAGCCCAGGCACUGAAAAGCAGCACCAGCGUCCGAUGGAAAAUCCUCCUGCAGUUUCAGUGCCGGAACAGACUGCUGCUAACGGGGACGCCCAUCCAGAACACAAUGGCCGAGCUGUGGGCCCUGCUGCACUUCAUCAUGCCUACGCUGUUUGAUUCCCACGAAGAGUUUAACGAGUGGUUCUCCAAGGACAUAGAGAGCCACGCUGAAAACAAGUCUGCCAUCGACGAGAACCAACUUUCCAGAUUGCACAUGAUCCUUAAGCCCUUCAUGUUACGCAGAAUCAAGAAGGAUGUGGAAAACGAGCUUUCAGACAAGAUUGAGAUCCUGACCUACUGCCAGCUGACGUCCAGGCAGAGGUUGCUCUACAAGGCUCUGAGGAACAAGAUCUCUAUCGAGGAUCUGCUGCAGUCGUCCAUGGGCACGGCCCAGCAGGCCCACAGCACCACCUCCUCCCUCAUGAACCUGGUCAUGCAGUUUAGGAAGGUUUGCAACCACCCCGACUUGUUUGAGCGCCAGGAGACACGCUCCCCUUUCCACAUGUCCCUCAAGCCCUACGUCAUGUCAAAGUUCCUUUACCGCUGUGGCCUCCUCCACGCACACAAUCAAGCCAAGAACAAAUUACUUCAGGUGCUGUUUUCUCCCUUCUCUCCAAAUCACAUCCAGCAGUCUCUUUUUCACAGGAAAGGUGACGACAAAGGAAGCUGCUUCUCCUUCUUGCGCUUCAUUGACGUGUCGCCGGCUGAGAUGUCCAACCUAAUGCUGCGAGGCACCUUAGUGAGAUGGUUAGCCCUUUUUCUGUCCCUGAAAGCUGCGUACCGGCUCCACUAUCAGCGCCUGUUCGACCAUGAAGCAGAGGCUCAGGAGAAAGCCGGAGAAAGCGAAGGGGACGCGGGGACGUCGCAACCUGGCGUUAAGUGUUUGUCGCGCAAGGACCUCGUUCUGUGGCUGAACAGACCCGUCGCCUUCCCCAACACGUGCACCAGUCCCGUCCUGCAGGAUUUGGUGUUCACAGCCUCCAGGCCCGGCACGUUGGGACACACGGACGUGAAGAUCCACGGAGGAAACUCUGCCGCUUCCACCCUGCGGCCCAGCCAGCCCGCACUGCCACCCAAGUUCCUGCUGGCCGCCACGCCUCGGGUGACGGCGGUGCCCAUGGAGCGCUAUUGUGACGACCGCAGCGCUGAGUACGAGUGGUGGGUGACUCGCGGCGGAGGGGGCAUGAUCUACAAGCAGUGCUUUCUGUAUGGCUCCCCCGAACUCGCAGCGGAUUGGAGCGUGAGGGCUAACGCCUUCCACCCGCAAAGCCCCGGGGGUGUGAUGGCCCUUUACCCUCGCAACGGAUGGUCCUUCAUAAGGAUACCAGAUAAGGAGAGCCUGAUCACAGAGAGUGGCAAGCUCCACACCUUGGAUAUCCUGUUGAGUCGGCUAAAGGCCCAGGGACACCGCGUCCUCAUCUACUCCCAGAUGACACGCAUGAUAGACCUGCUUGAGGAGUACAUGGUUUAUCGUAAGCACACUUACAUGCGUCUCGACGGAUCCUCCAAGAUUUCUGAACGCAGAGACAUGGUGGCCGACUUCCAGAGCCGAACGGAUAUCUUUGUAUUUCUGCUGAGCACGAGGGCCGGAGGGCUGGGCAUCAACCUGACUGCUGCUGACACCGUGAUCUUCUAUGACAGCGACUGGAACCCCACAGUGGACCAACAGGCCAUGGACCGGGCUCACAGGCUGGGUCAGACCAAGCAGGUCACCGUCUAUCGCCUCAUCUGCCAGGGCACCAUCGAGGAGAGGAUCCUGCAGCGGGCCAAGGAGAAGAGCGAGAUCCAAAGGGUGGUGAUUUCUGGAGGCAACUUCAAACCAGACACACUGAAGCCCAAAGAGGUUGUCAGCCUGCUUUUGGACGACGACGAGCUGGAAAAGAAGCUGCGUCAAAGGCAGGAGGAGAAGAGGCAACAGGAGGAGAGCAGCAAGGUGAAGGAACGCAAGCGGAAGAGGGAAAAGUAUGCAGAGAAGAAGAAGAACGAGGAGUCGGAGAACAAGAAGAAAAAGGAAGUGAACCUGGUCAUCUCCCAUGCGCCCUCAGCCGACAACUCCAACCUGUCUGCAGAUGGAGAUGACUCGUUCAUCAGUGUUGAGAUGGACUCGGCCAUGCCCAGUCCGUUCAGCGAGCCUGUGUAUGUGUCUGUGUGUGAUCCUAUGCGUGGGCAGAUCUCCUUGAGCAGCGAGCUCCAGCCCGGCUCGUUACCCCCGGACGCCGACGCGGACGAGAGCAGCAGCGACAUGCUGGUCAUCGUGGACGAUCCGGUGUCUUCCGCGCCUCAGUCCCGCGCCACCAACUCCCCCGCCUCUGUAUCGGGAUCAGUCUCUGACAACAUGAAUGGUGUUUCGGCCUCUGACACAAUCAGCCCCGGCAGAGGCAGGUCCGGUCGGAGUCGUGGGCGGCCCAAAGGAUCCGGAGGCGGGGCUAAGUCUGGGGGGAAAGGUCGCGGCCGCAAGUCGACGGCGGGUAGCGCGGCAGCAAUGGCGGGAGCGAUGGCCGGGGCGGCAGCUGCUUCAGCAGCAGCUUAUGCUGCUUACGGCUACAGUGUCGCUAAAGCUGGCCUGUCCGCGUCCAGCCCCCUGCAGCCUUCCCUGGGCCGGUCCGGAACCAGCCCCGCCUUCAACCCCAGCAGAAGCUCCUCCCCCCAGGCCAAAGGAGGCACCUCCACCCCGAGCCCCCACAAACAGCUGACCCACAGCCACCACCACCACCACAGCGGCCACGGCGCAGUCAGGAAGGGCAAGGGCCCUGGCGGUCCCGGGGCGCGAUGAUGCACUCUAACACGAAUGUGCCCGUCUCAGACACACACACACACACACACACACAAGAUAACUGACCUACUCUUCACUGUGAUCCCCACAGACGCCCUUUGCCUAAACCAAUAAAUAAAUACAGUAUUUAUAGUAGCUGAGGCUCGCUACCUUGAGGACCACGCAGCACUUAACAAGAAACUCUUUACCCAUUCACACUCAUUCAAACACAGUAAUCUGAAGGUACACUCUCUACCAGCCUCCUCAUCUCUUGGUCCAGUUUAGUCGUAAAGUGUCCCUGUCGCCGGACAGAAUCUGCCUUGAAUAUUUUUUUUUGUUUUGUUUUUGUUUUUGCGUUAAGACAGGAGUACUUCCAAGUGCUUUUUCGAGAAGACAAACUGUCUAUUGGUGACGAGAAUCUCCUCCGGUUCGCUGCCCCGGCUGCGACGCGACAACAAAGAAGCAACACGCGUAGCUUAAAGGGCUCUUCAAUCCGUCGCGUCCGCCGGGGCAGCGGGGCGAAGGGGCGUUACCGUCAGUCGCACUGAGCCACGUCUUCCUUUCUGUGGUGUCGUUGAUUCUCGUAGGUGUACAUUAGGUUAUUUAAUUGUUCUGUAGGUGAUGCUCAGCGCAAACCGGCGGAUGGUUCUGCAAUUCACGGAGCUCAAUGUGAAGCCACACCUUGCUCGCUCACACUUUACCAAACAAUACGCCGACAGCUUUUGUACUAAAGCUCUUAUUUUUGUAAUAAAGUAUACCCAAAACCAACAUGGCAGGUGUAAAGGAUUUUGAAAAGAUUUUGUCCACGAAUUGACAGACGGAAACGGAGGUCGAUUAUAUUUUUUGUCCGACGGGUAAAGGACGUGUAAACUAUAUUCCAAAAUGAGGGUUGACACGGCAAUGCUGCUAACCGUAAAUUUAUUAAUUGACUAUUUAUUUGAGUUAUGUUAAAGAAGAAGAAGAAGAAAAAAAAAAUAGCGGACAGUUGCUUAUAAUUGCGCCAAUGUUCACCUGUAAAACUGUAAAUUGUGAAUUCUGAAGCCAUCUAUAUAUUUUUUUUUUCCAUACAUGUUUUCUGUGAUAAGAAGUCCGUGGUUCUCUUCGAUGUCAUUGAUGUUUUAGGAGACAAAAAAAAAGAAAAAAAAAAAGAAAAAGGUUUGCAUCAGUGUCCUGAGUUUGAGCACUACUACACCGUUCAUAGGUUUGUUUCCUUUGUGUUUAUAGUGUUAUUGAAAAUAUGCUGUUCUAUAUUGAUGUACAUAAUGAUGACGUUUCCUCUGGCUUUUCCCUCAUUUGCCUGUCUAUUUUUAUAGGUCAUGUGUACAUAUGAAGAAAUGCAUCGGCCAUUUUAUUAACGGGACGAAUCCUGUGGAAAUAAAGAGGAGUGCUAAACGAGA